UCCGCCAUUAUUCAUACGGGAUGAGUUCUGUACAACGUUUCAGUAUUCAGGUUUUUCGCUUUCUCUCACAACAUCGGUUCGUCUACCUCCACUGCGAUCUUGUUGUCUGUUACAGAAAUGAUUCUAACUCUACCUGCUCCCGAAGUACUUCAUGUCCACGACGAGUUCGUCGCGAUGCUGCCGAUAAACCAUCAGAUGAUGCAUCGAGAAAGUAUGCGCUGUCAUUUGGUCCAUUAAUGCAUGCAAAGAAACCAACCGACAAGAACCAAAAGGGUCAAUCUGGUGUAAGCGCUACAUUGAUUGGUUUCGUAGUUGGAUUUGGGUGUCUCAGUCUGGUUCUUAUUGGUGCUUUGUUCUUUAUGAUUAAACGAUCUCGUCGCCGUGCAUCCACUGAUCAACCGCAGACUGGGGCCGAGAACAAGAAACCGGUGGCAAUGCAGAAUUUGGGUUUUUCUUAAUUUCUGUUUUCUUUUUUAACUGUUUGUAUACGAGCUUAACAUACGAACUUAUUACAAAUGAACUUAUUUUGUCUUCCAAACGUGUUUAAAUCCAUAUUAUUGAUUCAUUUAGUAUUAUGAUAUGAGGGGGAAAUGUGUUGCUUUCUUCAGGAAAGUUCAAAGUGGAAAGAAUUGGAAAUAUCGCCAUGUUUGGACCUCAAAGAAUUACUGACUCAGAACAGAAAGUAGUCACCGGGCAGAUUAUAACAUGUUGGAUAUCUGUCGGGACCGAAUGAAUGGUAGAAUAUUAGCAGAGCUGGUACUCGUUAGGUUGGCUACACUACUUUACACUCCUGAUCUGCCACAAGCCCGCCUUUUCCUAGUCUUCCUGUCGAAUGUAUUCUGUCGGCAUCUCUUGCAUGGACUUGUUUGUGAUAGGCUACAUUGAAGACAAAUCCGGUUUCGUCGAGACGGCAUAUAAAAGAUUGAAGAUAGGAAAGAUAAACAGAAUUUUCAAAAUAAAUAAAGAUCGCAUUACACAGAGACGACUGAGACAGUCAACAUUGUGAACAAAAUCAAAAGGGAAACUAUCUGUUGCGUGAACUGUGAAAAAUGCGAGUUAUUCUGUUUUGGGCACUAGUGCUGUGCGUGUCGCAAGUAGUGGCUUGGCAGAUACAAUCCUCGCCUUCUUUCCAAGCAACACCCAGUUUGAACCAAACUGGUCAAUCGAUUCAACUUUCGUCAACAGCAUCACAAACUGUUUGUCGGUAUUGGCAGUUCAGAUGCAAUAAUGGUUACAAAUGUAUUUCUCGAUAUUGGCUUUGUGAUGGUGUGAGGGAUUGCUAUGAUGGAAGUGAUGAAUGGUCGUGGAAUUGUGUGAGCCAAACUAGUACAUCGAUUCAACCUUCGUCAACAGUACAGUAUUAUUCAGCAUCACCAACUGUUUGUCGUUAUUGGCAGUUCAGAUGUAAUAAUGGUUACCAAUGUGUUGAUCGAUAUUACCUUUGUAAUGGUUGGAUAGAUUGCUCUGAUGGAAGUGAUGAAUGGUCGUGGAACUGUGUGAGCCCCUCAAUUCGCCCUUCAUCGACAGCAUCACAAACUGUUUGUUCGUGGUGGGAGUUCAGAUGUGAUAAUGGUUACCAAUGUGUUGAUCGAUAUUAUCUUUGUAAUGGUUGGAGAGAAUGCUCUGAUGGAAGUGAUGAAUGGUCGUGGAACUGUUUGAGCCAAACUAGUACAUCGAUUCAACCUUCGUCAACAGCAUCACAAACUGUUUGUCGGUAUUGGCAGUUCAGAUGUAAUAAUGGUUACCAAUGUAUUGAUCGAUAUUAUCUUUGUAAUGGUUGGAGAGAAUGUUCUGAUGGAAGUGAUGAAUGGUCGUGGAACUGUGUGAGCCAAACUAGUACAUCGAUUCAACCUUCGUCAACAGCAUCACAAACUGUUUGUCGGUAUUGGCAGUUCAGAUGUAAUAAUGGUUACCAAUGUGUUGAUCGAUAUUAUCUUUGUAAUGGUUGGAGAGAAUGCUCUGAUGGAAGUGAUGAAUGGUCGUGGAACUGUGUGAGCCAAACUAGUACAUCGAUUCAACCUUCGUCAACAGUGGAACAAACCAGAGCUUCAUCAAUUCAAACUUGGUCAACAGCAUCACAAACUGUUUGUCGGUAUUGGCAGUUCAGAUGUAAUAAUGGUUACCAAUGUGUUGAUCGAUAUUAUCUUUGUAAUGGUUGGAGAGAUUGCUCUGAUGGAAGUGAUGAAUGGUCGUGGAACUGUGUGAGCCAAACUAGUACAUCGAUUCAACCUUCGUCAACAGGACAAUAUUCGAUGACGUCUUCUAUUAUACACUGUAACUACAAUGAAUACCGAUGUAGAAAUGGCUACCAGUGUAUUAAUUCAUACUCUUACUGUAACGGUCGUUAUGAUUGUUACGAUGGAAGUGAUGAAGAUAACUGUCAUUCAAGAAACGUAAGAAUUGCUGAUGGUUCAUACAAUGAAGGACGAGUGGAGGUUUAUUAUAACGGCAGAUGGGGAACAGUUUGUGAUGAUUAUUGGGACAUGAACGAUGCACGUGUUGUCUGCAGACAGCUUGGUUUUCAAGAUGCAGAAGCUGCUUAUCAGGGUCAUAAUGUUCGCGAUGGAACUGGACAGAUUUGGCUCGAUAAUGUUGAUUGUAGAGGUUCUGAGUCGUCGCUAUUUUCAUGCAGACAUCGAGGUUGGGGUCGUCACAGUUGUAGCCACAGUGAAGACGCUGGUGUUCGAUGCAAAAACAAUGGAAGUAUCGGAAAUUUCACGCGAUGUCAAAACAAGUUGGACCUUGGUUUUAUACUGGACAGCUCUGGCAGUGUUGGUAGCACCAACUUUGAACGAAUGAAACGAUUUGUCAAAGAUCUCACAAACUUCUAUAAAAUUAGCCAAGAAGAGACCCGCGUUUCUGUGAUGUCGUUUGCAAGCUCUGGAAACAUUCAUAUUUCCUUUUCGACAUAUUUUUCUGAUAAAAGCCAGUUCGAUAAUGCCGUGGAUAGAAUUCAAUAUACAGGCGGAGGAACUGCCACCAGCAUUGCUUUGAACAUGGCAUAUAAUUAUAUGUUUACGACAGGAUAUGGAGCCAGAGGACCAGAGUUCAAAAAAGUGUUAGUGAUAUUAACGGACGGCCAUAGUAACACAGGACAGGUCAGCGGACCUUCUCGGCAACUGAAGAACUCUGGUGUUGUAAUAUUUAGUGUGGGGAUUGGACAGAGUUUAUCCAUGCACGAACUGAGAGAAAUGGCAUCAGAUCCAGUGGAUCAACAUGUUAUCACUUUGAACAGUUUUUCUCAACUAGGAAGUCUUGCUAAAAAGAUGUCUUCCCAAACAUGCAACGCAUCUCAUUUCCAAGUGUUUUGUGACAAUGAUUACAUGACAGCUGUAUUUGACCGCGGAGAUCUUCCAAAGCAUGUCAACAUCAAUAAUCUGUAUCUUCGAAGUCGAUAUUGUAAAGCAAGCUAUAACUCAACUCAUGUCAUUGUAAAAACCUCGCUUACUGGUUGUGGAACAGUGUUCACAAAAGACGAUCAAACCCUCUAUUUUAGCAACGUUCUUUCUGAGUUGGAACAGAGUUAUAAUGGCUCGGAUGUUAUCACAAGAAAUUAUCUCUUCAAAGCCAACAUGACUUGUUCAUAUCCUCGAAAACGUUCUGUUGGAUCUUUCAGUUUUGCCCCAGCAAAAGAAAGAAUGCUCGUUGUUCUAAGUGGAAAAGGCAAUUUCUCUCUGUCAAUGAAUGUUUUCAGGAGAAGUGAUUAUCGUGAUUCAUACACUUCAAAAGACUAUCCAAUUCUCAAAUCUCUAUCAGAUAAUCUUUAUAUUCAAUAUUCUGUAAACACUAGCAACUCAGAUCUUGUCGUGCGCGCAGAGACGUGCAGAGCUACACCUACGAAUAGACCUUAUGAUACUCCACAGUAUGUCUUCAUUGAGGACGGUUGUGAUAAAGAUGAGACGAUCCGCCAUUAUUCAUACGGGAUGAGUUCUGUACAACGUUUCAGUAUCCAGGCUUUUCGCUUUCUGUCCCAACAUCGGUUCGUCUACCUCCACUGCGAUCUUGUUGUCUGUUACAGAUAUGAUUCUAACUCCACCUGCUCCCGAAGUACUUCAUGUCCGCGACGAGUUCGUCGCGAUGCUGCCGAUAAACCAUCAGAUGAUGCAUCAAAAAAAUAUGCGCUGUCAUUUGGUCCAUUUAUGGAUGGAAAGGUAUCAAAUGACAAGAGCCAAGAGGGUCAAUCUGAUGUGAGCACUACAUUGAUUGGUUCCGUAGUUGGAUUUGGGUGUCUCAGUCUGGUUCUUAUUGGUGCUUUGUUCUUUAUGAUUAAACGAUCUCGUCGCCGUGCAUCCACUGAUCAACCGCAGACUGGGGCCGAGAACAAGAAAUCUAUGGCAAUGCCGAAUUUGGGUUUUUCUUAAUUUCUGGUUGUUUUUCUUAAAUUUUUUUGUAUAUGACUUCAAAAUAAUUUGUAGAGUGUAGCAUUUAAAUCAACUUGUUUUUUCUUUCAAAUGAUCAAAUGUGUUUAAAUCCAUAUUAUGUUAUUAACUUUGGCAGGCAUUGCGGUGUAUUUUGCAGGCUAAAAUGAUAAAUUUGCCGGGCAGAAAUAUAUGAUCUAAGCCAAUGAGAGGAAUGACUAAAGUGUUUACACAUUGCAUGAUUUUUUAUAUUUUUAUACAUUUUUUACACAUACCCAUUGCUCUUUAAAGUUAAUAUAUAAUGGUAAUUGCACUGAGUGGAGUGUGAAAUCAAACGCGUGAUUACAAAAGUGAUUAUACAUGUUUGAUUUCAUACCAAAAUUGCACGACACGAAGUGCAAUUUCCACUUUAUUAUAUUCAUUUCGAAAUCAUACAAAAAAUUAAACAAAUUUAAAACGAUUUAUUGGCUGAAAGAACCGUAAACGUUGUAAAAUGUGUGUAGUUUUCAUCUAAUGAUAGCGAAGCUAUCUCUUCACGCGUCCGGAGAAAUACAGGAUUGUCUUCGACGUCGUAUUUCUUAACCGAGGAUCUUUUAAACCUCCAUUAGAUUGUAAUGACGAGUCACACUGAUUUAAGAAUGCUGACGUACCUAUCUUUGAUUAACUAUUUUUUAUUAUAUCAUGAUUGAAUGUUGGGAAAUAGCGUAUUAGUAAAAUAAAGUAUCGUU